AGUCAGGUGUUAAACAUGAUGACGUCCAACUGUUGUUUCCAGGCAGGUCAGACUGCACUGAUGCUGGCGGUCAGUCAUGGCCGGGGGGACAUGGUGCGGGCGCUGCUGUCCUGCGGAGCACAAGUCAACAUUCGGGACGACGACGGCUCCACGGCCCUGAUGUGCGCCUGUGAACACGGUCACGUGGACAUCGUUCGUCAGCUCCUGUCCGUGCCGGGCUGUGAUGCCACACUCACUGAUAAUGACGGCAGCUCAGCUUUGUCCAUAGCACUGGAGGCCAGCCAGAACGACAUCGCUGUGCUUCUUUACGCUCACCUCAACUUUGCCAAGCCUCCCUCCCCUGUGAGUUCUCUGACUGAAAGUUUGGUCACACACUAA